UGGUGAACAAGGAAUAACAGAGUUGAAUAGGAGAACGGACAUAACCUCACUUAUUGAGCAACUUAUUUUGUGUCCAGCGAUAAACGUGUGUGUAAAAAUCAUUUUAUUUUGAUUGUUAGUGAGUUAAAUUGUAUUAGUUAUAAUUCUCAGUGUUCCAAACAUUAGUCUCAUAUAAUCGUAUCAUUAUCUACAGGAACAGUGUUCAUUCUGUAACUAAAUAUACAUUUUUUAUAACCAAUGUUAUCAAAAUGUUUUUGACUAAAUCAAAGAGUUUCCUGGAUGGACGCUGUAUUCUAAAAGCUUGUAGAAGUUUAUCUACAAGUUCUCUUGUACGUUCCACCGACAAAACCUCCCAGUUCAGACUCAAAGAAAUCGAUUCUAAAAGAACCCAGCGAAAGUGCCCGAGAACUUUUAGAAAAUGCUGCAUCUUUCAACGACCAGGUACCCGUAACCAGGAGGAAGAAUGGUCCACGUCCCCCUAUCCCAAGGGAAGUAUUCCUAGAGGACAAUCUAUUUACUCUCUACGCCCCAAAGUAGACCCCACGCUUACGUCGAUCAUACUUUUCCCAGGGCAAGGGACUCAGUAUGUGGGAAUGGGUAGGAACUUAAUGAAGUUCCCAGUAGUGCAGGAAAUGUUUGAAUCAGCUAGUGCUAUUUUAGGAUACGAUUUGUUGAAACUUUGUGUACAAGGUCCAGCUUCUGAACUGAACAAAACCGUUCAUUGUCAGCUGGCUGUUUUGGUGUGUUCAUUGGCAGCUGUGGAGCAUAUGAGAGAGGAAAGACCCUCUGCGAUUGAGAAUUGUAUUGCUGCCGCUGGAUUCAGUGUGGGAGAAAUUUCUGCUUUAGUCUUUGCUGGAGCUAUCUCUUUUGAAAGAGCUAUUCGUCUAACAAAAGUGAGAGGAGAAGCGAUGCAGCUGGCGUCCGAAAUGGCUGAAGGAGGAAUGCUGACUGUGCUGUAUUCGCCGAAAACAAAUUUGGCCGACGUCUGCAAAAAAGCCAAUGAGUGGGCGCAGAAUUGCGGCGUCGAGCGGCCUGAGUGCAGCGUUGCCAAUUAUCUGUUUCCCGACUGCAAAGUUAUUGCCGGCCAUGUCAAGGCGCUAGAAUAUAUCGAGAAGAACGCGGCAUCGCACGCAAUUCGUCGCACACGGCGUCUGCCCGUUACGGGCGCCUUCCACACGUCCCUCAUGGAGCCAGCUCUCGAGCCGUUCAAGCUCGCGCUCAACAACGCCAAGCUCAACGAGCCUGCUAUAGCUGUCCACUCGAACCUCGACGGUAAGAUGUACUCAAACGCCAAGCAGAUCACGUACAAACUGCCGCGCCAAAUUGUGCGCCCGGUCAAAUGGGAGCAGACGCUGCACAUUCUGUACGAGCGCGCGCCCGGCGAACAGUUCCCGAACACCUACGAAUGCGGCCCGGGAAGCUCGUUGAGGAGUAUACUAAGGAUGGUGAAUGCUAAAGCUACCAAUACGUUCUAUAAUUACGGGAGCUGAUAGGUAUUAGUAGAAGUGUAAAUCAGAACUCAGGAUUUAAGAAUUCAGUAGAAGUUGUUGAACAUUUAUUAUUUUUUGUGAAAAUUAAGGUAAUAUUGUAUAAAAUAUGUUGAUGCUAAGGCUAUUAAUACGUCUUGGAACUUCAGGAGCUUAUAGGAAUUAGUAGAAUAUGAGAAUAUUUCCUAUUUUAGAGAUAAUAACGUGAAAUAUUUCUUCUAUGUUUGGUUUUGAAGCAUCGAAAUUUGAAAAUCUACGUUGUAAAAAUAAAUAAUCAAGGACUGAACAUUAUGUGAAGUGAACCACUACAACACUUAACCUAUUUCGGACUAUGUGUAACCUUAUCUAAAUUUGGGAGAGGAAUAGCACAAGGUUACCUUAUUUUUUCUCUCCCUAUCAUUUUGAUGAUGUUCUUAUUGUAUGAAUCAAUAAAGAAUAAAGAAGCUCAGAGAAAAUAUAACUUAAGAAGAUAUCCCAUGGUAUAGGGCGUUUGUUUCAAAUUUCACUGUUAACUCUAGCCGAUAGUCCUAGUAGUUAUUUUUCGUGAAGCUAUGUGACGCUGGUAGUCUCUCAUACUGAGCCGUUCUUACACUCUCACCCAUACAAAACAGUAAUAAUCGACAGUAGUCGGCCUGAGUUGACAACAAAUCGGCUUGAAAUUUGGAACAUGAGCAAAUUAUAUCAUGGGAUAUCUUCUUAUGCUAUCUUUUCUCUGGUAUAAGUAUGACCAAAACUUAGAAUAUAAAAAUUUAGUAGAAGUUAAUACAAACACUCACGAUUCUUUGUGAAAAUGAAGGUGAUAUGUUGAUGCUUAUACGUUCUGAAAUUACGGGAGCUGACUCGGAUGAUGAUACUGUUGUUAGAAGUUUGACAAAUACCUAUAGAAUUGAAUGUCUCUAUCCAUUUCGUACUGCUAUCUAUCUCUAUCUAUCGUACUGUCUAUCUCUAUCUAUCGUAUCUCUAUAUAUUUCGUACUGCUAUUAUGUUACAUCAAGUUUUUACACUAUAGUGAGGUCCUCGUAAUAAUGAAUUGUAUUCGAUUAACAUUGGUGUUGCUAUCCUUGUCUAUCAUUCGACAAAACCGAUAGCACUAUCCUUCUCUAGCUCUGCACUAGCUAUUUGAUUUGACGUUUGCCAGAUUGAGCUUUAUCAAUGUAAAAAUAUAAUUGAUAAUCAAAAUAUUUAUUCUUGCAUAGCGCAAGAAUUUUAUUCUUGCUCUAGAUUUGUACAGAAACAGUACCGUACAAUACAAAUAGUAUAAUCAGCUGAUGAAGAGCGCAAGGCGUGCGUUUGUGGCGCAUAAGUCUGUACGCACCUUGAGACCGGUUCACAGUAACAAUUUAGACAUCUUUGUAAUAUACUUCUGAAUAAACACAGUGAGCUACCAAAUUCAGUGACAAUGAAGGUAUUGUGAACUGAUAAUUAACUGUCGAGCAAUUGAUAGCGGAUAAAUAUUUUUGUUAAUAUUACCAAGAUUCAAAUCGUUUAUUGCUAGAAACCAAUUAAAAUGUUAUAUCAACAUGUUCCACAUGUUUUGUCACAUUGUUAUAGACAGUUCAUGAAAAUUAUUAGAUUGAACCAAGUUACGGUUUUAAGUAGCUUAUGUGUAAAUAAAUCUAGAUAUUUUUUACCAUUAUAGUCAUAACUUGAAAUAUAGUGAUUGAAUAUC